AAAACUCAAAUUUGGACAACUCAUGAAAGCCACUGUGCUCAUAAAACCCUACACUAUCGGCACCACCAGUUUCAGAUCGAUCAGGGGCAGCUAGCUGAUAGGCGACAGAUCAUGAAGGUGGUGGCUUUAGUUAGCGGCGGCAAAGACAGCUGCUAUGCCAUGAUGAAAUGCAUACAGUAUGGUCACGAGAUAGUUGCGUUGGCGAAUUUAAUGCCUACGGAUGAUGUACAGGAUGAGCUCGACAGCUACAUGUAUCAAACUGUCGGGCACCAGGUAGUUGUCAGCUAUGCAACGUGCAUGGGAAAGCCAUUGUUCCGAAGGAGAAUAAAAGGAUCCACAAGGAAUAAUGGCCUUAGCUACAAUAUGACUCCUGGUGAUGAAGUUGAGGACAUGUUCAUCCUGUUGAGUGAAGUAAAAAGACAAAUACCUGCUGCCUCAGCAGUGUGUUGUGGUGCAAUUGCAUCUGACUACCAGAGGCUCCGAGUCGAAAGUGUAUGCUCAAGGUUAGGACUUGUUUCAUUGGCAUAUUUAUGGAAGCAAGAUCAAUCAAUACUUCUCCAGGAAAUGAUAAAAAAUGGUAUUUCUGCAAUAAUUGUCAAGGUGAAUACUAUAUUAAGAAGAAAUUGCCCUAAAUAGGAGUAAAAACAAUGUGAAAUUCGAAGAAAUUGCCCUAACUAGUACUCCAAUUUGAAUAGGUACUAUGCUUUCGCCCCUCUAUAGGAGUAAUUACUGCCAUGCUUGGAAAAUAUUGUCAAUUAUGAAAUCGUUACUGCUAUUAAAUAUUAAUGCAUGCAUGGUAAUGCCAAAAUAUGGCAAUAAGAUUUCAAGAUGGUGGUAUUUUACUCUAUUUAGGGGUUGGGGGACUGGGAGGUUGGAAUUUCAUGUUGUUUUUACUCAUAUAUAUUGGGAAAUUUCCCUAUAUAAAACUUGCAUAGGUUAGGUGGUCCUAGUAGACCCAUGUCCAUUGCAAAAGCACUUAAGCAGGGGUGACGCAUAAUUUUUCUAAAUGUUUUUAUCCUGUUGCAACAUAGUAAACUCAGAUUCUCAGAAAAUGAAAUACCUCAACCUCUAUCAUUUCCACCCUUUAGAUCUGCUUUUUAGAAAAAAUUGUGUUAUAACCCAGAAGCUGGUUUUCGUUUAAAAGAACUUAAAAGCAAUGAGUUUGAUGAUGUUCAUAUUUAGAUCAAUGCUAUCUUUUAGUAUGGGCAAUAUUUUUAGUUCUUCAUCUAGCUACUUUAUGCAACCUUAGGUCUAUAUAUGAUUUACGAAGUUGAGGGAAGCAUUGUUUUUCCACCUGCUAGGUUGCAGCUAUUGGGUUAGACCCCUCAAAGCACUUGGGGAAAGAAAUAGCAUACCUGGAAUCCCAUUUUCACAAUCUGAAAGAGCUCUAUGGAGUAAAUGUUUGCGGUGAAGGUGGAGAAUAUGAAACAUUGACUCUUGAUUGCCCCCUCUUCAAGACUCCAUAGCUCCCGUUGGGGUUCUUCAUCCGCUUUCAUUUCAUUUGGAAAAGAAGACGGAUUCAGUAUCUUCAAGUGAGUCUAUUGGAGACACUAGUCUUUGUACCGGAGAUAUCAACACAGUGUAUGAAAUAGCAGAUGAACACCAACCAAAUUGUGUAGCUACUAGUGAACUUAUUGAUGUGACAACCAAAUCUGGUGCUACGAUGGAGAAUCUCAAAUAUUGUAAUUCCCAAAAGGGUGAUAUAUAUUGUAUUUCAUGCUCCCUGCACCAAUCUGAAACUUCAGCAAUGCUGUGAUUGCCAGAUUUGCUGAUGGAUCUGGAGGUUGUUCUGAUGAAAAUUGAAACACAACUAGCUGAACAUGGUUCUUCAUGGGAGAAUGUACUUUACGUCCAUCUGUACAUUGCUGAUAUGAAUGAGUUUUGUUCAGCAAACGAAACAUAUGUGAGAUUCAUUACUCAAGAAAAGUGUCGUUAUGGUGUACCUUCGAGGUCCACUGUCGAACUUCCUUUACUGCAAGUUGGUUUAGGGGGAGCAUAUAUGGAAGUCCUGGUGGCAAGAGAUCAUAGCAAAAAGGUUUUGCAUGUACAAAGCAUAUCUUGCUGGGCGCCUAGUUGUAUUGGUCCAUACAGUCAGGCAACUUUGCACACUGAUAUACUCUACAUGGCUGGUCAAUUAGGGCUUGAUCCGCCAACAAUGUUACUUUGUAAAGGAGGGCCUACUGUAGAGCUUCAGCAAGCACUAGAAAACAGUGAAGCAAUAGCAAGAAACUUCAACUGCUCAAUAUCAACAUCAGCCAUUUAUUUCACCAUCUACUGCUCAGCUUGCAUUGAAGAAUCAGACAGAACUGAUAUUGAGAAUGAGAUGAUAAUAAUUCUUAGAGAAAUGAAGUUGGGGCAGCUGGUUUCCUCAAAAAUUUCGGAAACCUUGCACCCCAUUUUCCUUUAUGUCCUUGUUCCCAAUCUUCCAAAAAGAGCUCUGGUAGAAGUGAAGCCGAUGCUUUACCUGGCAGCAGAACGUACACAAGCUUCACCUAAGGAACAUACGAAAGAUCCACCCAUUAUGCAAGAUUGCUGGGGGUUUCAGUAUGAAACAUGGCAUGAUAAAUGCCUUCAGAAAUGUAGCAUUGGGGGAGAAAUGUGUGCUGCUGUUCUGUCUGUUACAGAAGAACUUGCUCAAACCAUAUUUUUGAAGUCCAUACCAAAAAUCGGCUGUGAUGUGGGCUUUACAGUCCUUGUAAAUGAAGAUCAAUUGUUGAGAGUUGCACAGUUUUGCAUCCAUCGCCUUGAUAAAAUUCUCCUAGAAAAUGCUCUUUCUUGGGAUGACAUGUUGAGUUUCAGAAUCUACUUUGCAACAAAUCUAAACAUCUCACACGGAACCGUCUCUCAGAUAUUUGCGUCUGUAUUUAGUGAUUUGGCCCGAACAUGGCAGAGAAAUAGGAUCUCGAGUGAACCAAUCUUCAGUGUUGUUCCUGUGGUAGGUAUUGGAAGCUCCGCGUCCUCCAUGGAUGAUUUAAUCAGUUGUGAGCUCAUUUCUAGAAAACUCUAGAGGUCUACCUUGUGUUGUCAUCCUAUUCAAUUGUACUUGAUAUACGUAUAAUAAGGUAAUUUAUGAUUCAGAGUUCAGACUAAUGCGAGCACUCAAGUAGUCAAGUUUUCUAAGUGCCCGGUCUGGUAAUCCUUAUUUUUGGCAUAGGUUAAGAAACAAACUCUUGUCACCUCAUUGGGUGUGCAUAGAGCUGUAAACGAAUCUAAUUAGUUCAAAUAUUUUUCUUUUAGUCGGAAUUCGAUAAUUUUACACAACAUUUAAUUUGUAUUUACAUAAAAUUCGAACUUAAAGUA